AUGGGAUGUGUGUGUGAAAAAUCUAAACCAGUAUAACCUGAACCAAUAUAAAUUUAAGUAAUUUCUUCUGAAACAACAUAACCUUAAUCUCAUUCUAUAAAAUAAAUAUCUUCAAUAAAGCUUAAUAUACCUUAAGUAAAUUUAUUCUUUGAUUAUUUAAGAAAAAAAAGAAAGUUAGAGAAACAUAAAAACUUAUUAAAUAACUAAUUAAGAUGUAAACUAAUAUAAAUUUACAGGGAGUAAAAAUGAUUAAUGAUUAAAUUUUUGAUGAAUUUCUUGGAAAAGGGGCAUUUGAAAAAGUUAAUGAGCAUUCAAAAGAUCAAGUGUUUUAAAUAUGCUAGUAAAAUUAUGAAAAAAAGUAAAUUACGAAGAUAAAGAAAAUAUAUUAAAGAUUCUAAGGGAAGUUAUGAAUAACUAAAUAUAUAAUUAGAUAUGAGUAUUAAAGUUGCUCUAUAAGAUGUUAAAAGAGAAAUUGCAAUCAUGAAGAAACUAACACAUCAGAACUUAAUUUGGUUGUUUAACAUAAUUGAAAAUCCUUAUAAUGAUAAAUUAUUUAUGGGUACAUUAUAUAUCUCUAUACUAAAAAUUUUAGAAAAUGCCGAAGGUGGAUGAUGAAUCUAAAUUUUAUUAUAUUAAUGAAUCUCUAAUACUUGAUGAACCAUUACUCAAUUAGAUUUUUCGUGAUUGUAUCAAAAGUCUCAAUUAUUGUAAUUUUUAUUAUUUAUUCUAGUACAUAAAAAUGGUGUAGUUAAUAGAGAUAUAAAACCAUAGAAUAUUCUCUUAACUGAUAAUAACACUACUAAAAUUGCUGGUUUUGGAGUCUCCACUAUUAUUGGAAGUAAAAAUGAUGUUUUUGGACAAUAUUUAAGGAACUUAUUAUUUCAUGUCUCCAGAAGAAUGUUAUAAAGUUAAAGUCAAAGAUGGCUAUACUGGCAAAGCUGCUGAUAUUUGGGAUUUGGGAAUUGCUUUUUUCGCUUUUGUUUAUUUAGGUGUUCCAUUUACAGCUUCACCUAUUCCUGUAGAAUUACAUUUCCUGAUAGAAAUGAUAUCAGCGAAGGAUUAAAAGAAUUUCUCUUAGUUAUUUUAUAAAAAGAUUCCAAAAACAGACCAAAAAUACCUUAGAUAGCUUAACAUUUAUUUUUGAAUGCUUAAAAUAUGAAUCUGUAGGAUGAAAUGUAUUAUAAUUUAAAAUAAAUAGAAACAAAGAAGAAUAAACUAAAACGGAGAUUGCUUAAGCAGAUAUUGAUAAUGCUUAUUCUUUAACCUCGAUAAUGAUAAUAAAAAAAUGGGCUUAUAAAUGGAGAAAUAGUUCUAAUCUUAAAAGAUGUCAUAUAUUUAACAAACUCCAAAAAGUAAUUCAGAUUAGGUAAUUAAAUGAUAAAAAUGAAUAAUAAAUAUUUA